GCAGGUCCCUAGAGUUGACUACUUGGGGGAAUACCUGUAUGUCAAGGGUGUAUUGUUUUGAACUCACUCUUAGUAUCCUUUGAGUUUCCCUAAUCUAGUGAAAAACAAUAAGAUAUACAAUUGCAAAUCACUUUUUAGUAUUAUGUGGAUUCCACGGUGAUUGUAUAUACCGUAGAAAAUAUUUACCAAAUUGACAAUUGUUUAUAUUGAUCCUCGUGCAAUCCUGACCCUCCUAACUACAACCAGGCGGUAGUGAGCUAUGAUCUUAAGGUUGUGACUUACUAUUCUCCACGGUCAUUGAGAGACAGGACUACAAACACAUAUGCUUCCCUGAUGCUGCAGUUAUUUACCUUUGCGUAUCCAAUAUGCACUUAGACUUACUUGACCACGUUGACAGGCGUUAACCACAAUUUAUACAAGUUAAUCAGAACGUUUUGUUUGAGUUGGAGUACACAUGGAUCGAGAUCUCCUUUUACUUCUCACCCAGCUUCGUCGUCAUGACCUCAAAAUAUUAUUGGGGAGUUCGUUCAUACUAAGUAUAGAAAGUAAAUGACCCAGAAUGGAGCCUUAUAAUACCCCACUUAGUACUGGUCCCCUUGAAAAACAUGCGAAGUAUAUUAUUCACCCAAACGAACUUGCUAUUUAGGUGUCCCAAAUCUAUUUAAAAUGAGUAUGCGUUCAGAAAUAUUGAUAAACUAGAGUUCAGUCAACGCUGUAUUGAUUUCCUUACCUGAAGCUUCGGGCACUUCUAUCAUGUUAGUCAUAGACCUCUUGGAAGAUGUUUUCCAUGACCCUAAUAAAUAAAUUCACUUAUAAAACAUGAAUCUCCCAGUAAUUCAUUUUAAAUCCAAAAUGAAGGAAUAUUCUGUCUUCAAUAUAAUUCGCGUUUUCGAAGUCCUAGUAACGGGUUUUCUCCAGCCAAUUUAUUUUCGUGUCAUUUAGAUGCACAUCAAGUUACUUGAUAUUUUUCAUUAUUUUUUUGGUAAAAGGUUUUAGUAAAGAUUCUUACUGCUUCAGUUUAUUAUUAAGGAACUUUUCAAUCCUAAUCGUUUUUUCUGUUAUAUAACAAAAUGAUUCCUUGGAAUUCUGGCGUAAACUUCAUAAAUGAGGACUAUUUCGACAGCUUAACUGCGAAAUACACCUUAUGACAAAGAAUGACACAAUAAAGUGUUAUGUUAAUACAUUGAAACUACACUACAAAAUUGUCUCAUUUGUUCAAUUAGGAGUAAAUUUACCAUUUCUAUACUUUUGUCUUCUGGAUUAGUAUAUUUGUAAUUUCUUCUCAUCUAUCUUCUGAACACUUCAGAAUGAUGACAGUAUCGUUAGAUGACAGCGAGAAUAACUUCACUGAAAAAAACAGAACCACAAAUAUUAAAAAAAUUACGAGUAUAGCAAAAUCAUGGGGAAUUAAUGGAAAAAUGACAAUAAAUGAACUUGGUUUGCUUCUCGUCGAAAAGUCCUCAACAUAUCCCGUGCGUAAGAAUCUUUUGGAAGCAUUUCAUUUAUUGUAUCUACUGAAAGCAUCCGAUGAAACUUAUCCAUUAGUUAUUAUCGAAAAAAUCAUCACUUGUUUGACUUUAUCACUCACACAUGAAUAUAAACUUGAAGCAUUGAAAAUACUACUAUUGAUAGCUCAGGAGGAGAAAGGACUGCGCAAUAUAUUAAGGUUGCAAGGUUGUGAUGCUACGCUCAAUCUGUUGUUUAAAGCUGAAGAAGUCUUGAAACCUUACUGUUUAAAUCUAUUGAUCAGAAUUUCAGAAUCUUUGAGGGGAAGGAUCGCUAUUCUUGAAUAUGCGGACUCGUCUCAGCAACUCCUUCUACAACUACAAAAGUCGAAAAAAUUUAGUAAUCUAAUACUUCAGCUCAUGACUAAUUUGUUGGGAGUACCUACAGCUAGGAAAAUGUUCAGUGUUCCAAAAUUUAUCAGUUAUUUAUCCAGUAAAUCAGAUGAUUCAGAAUUAAAUCUACGCAAACAAUUAUUAUUAUGGUUAGUUAAUUUACCAAGUCAAAAUCUAGUUGAUCAUUUGGCUUCACAAUAUGGUUUACAUGAUCAAAAUUGGAAUAUUUCAACCGAAAACAAUCGUAUUCAGAACAAAACUUAUAAUAGAGUUAUGGUUCCCACAAGGAUGAAUCCAAUGAGAGAGAUGAAUCCAUCAGAAAUACAUAGAAUAAACCAAUUUCAACCAAAUAAUAACUCAUUUUUAUAUCACGAAACUCUCAAUUCAAAUACAUCACCAGCAUUAAUAACAGGUGUGUCAAGACCUACAUUAGAAAAUAGUGUACUGGAUUCGGUAAAUUCACCAAAAACAUUGUAUGAUAAUUCACUAAACUAUAAACCCAUGUUAAAUCAAUGUUUAGAACAUUCAGCAAACUUAUUACCAUAUAUAUAUACCAAUACAUCCAAUGGUAAUAUGAUCUAUCAUCGUAAUACACAUCAAGAAGUACUCUUAUCCCCGUCGAUACAUCAUACCAAUCAAUCUGAUCUAGUUGAUUCAUCAUUCUCAUCAUUAUCACCAUCAUUAGCAUCUAAAAGUGAAUGUGAUGAUCCAAUGCAAACUAAAAUAGAUUCUAAACGAAUUCAUCGAACACAUGAUCAUCAUAUAAGAUCAAAUGAUAAUAAUUUAAUGAAUUUAUCAUUAUCAUCAUCAUCUUCUUCAACAUCAUCUCCAUCAUCAACAUCAUUUGAAUGUGCACGAAGUUUCAUUCGAUUGCGUAAUGCACGUGAACGUGAACGUGUUCGAUGUGUGAAUGCUGGUUAUGAAUCAUUAAAACGUCAUUUACCAUUAACAAUAUUACCUGAUAGAAGAUUAGCUAAAGUUGAAAUAUUACGUGGUGCCAUUAAUUAUAUUAAUAAAUUGAAAGAAUUACUUGAAAAAUAA